AUGCGAGCUCGGGAUACUGUCCAAGUGGGCCCUCUGGCGAUUCUGAGGAGAACUGUUCAGCGUCCAGAGGAUGACCCCGCUGCAUUGAUCCUGGAGUCCUGGUCCCAGGGUCUCAUGACGGGCUCACUGCUCAUCAUGGCGGCACUUACAUAUGCGAACAUGCGGCCGGGCGUCUUACUACACAAACUAAUCCUCUUGGAGUUGAUCUUGGCCACUGCUCAUGGAACCUUUAUAUUCGCUCCAGACCCGGUAUAUGGAUGGUACCUGGCCUCAACCGCAAUCGGCUUAAUUAUAUCAUGGUCCUUGCACAAUGUGAUUGCAUGGAUUAAGAAUAGGCCUUUCAUGAGCCGUCGAAUAUCUCUCUUCUAUAUCGGCACGAUUGUCCUAGCCCAGCCCUACUGGGCAGCCGAGAUAUACGCCAACUUCGCCUACUUUAACAAUAUCAGUCCUGUUGUGUACGAAAAGAUCCGUCCAUGGGAGCCACUGUUUCGCGACCCCUGGUGGAUUUACACCACAUGUAAUCUUUUUUGGGUGGUAAAGAUGCAUUACAACCUCGAAAUCAUUGAGCUGGUGCGCGAAUGUCCUCGCUUCGGCCUCAUGUUGGGCUCAAUGUGCCUCUCUAUCCUUUUCAGUGUCGCCGACGUCCUCAGCGUGACUGGCGUUCUCAGCACUGCAAUGCCCACCGGAAUUAAUCCUUUCUGGAAGUGCCUCUGUGACACUAUCAUUCUGGACGACUUCAAGACCGCACUUGACAAGCUCAGUACUAGAUGGCUCGCGCAAAAUGGAAUGCACGCCAUAGGGCGUCCAUAUCAAGAAGCACAGCCCUCCGGCAUCAAGUUGACAAUGGAUAUCGGUCAUGACGGCCGGAGACGGCGCAAUGCACUGGCGUGCAACACAUGUCGAGCACGACGUACGAAAUGCGGCGGACAGCGACCCAAGUGCUCCUUCUGCGUUGAGCGCAGCAAGGACUGCUGCUAUCAGGAGCUUCCAGACCUUGCACUCUCCCCUCAGGACUUGGAGCUCUCGAGGAUAUGGGAGCAUGUUGAGCGCAUUUAUACAGAGGUACAGGGCCGGUUUCCGCAAACUUCUCCCUCGCCCAAAGCGCAGCGGUUAUCCUGUUCCUCAACCGACCGUGAUGGGCCUGUCGGGUUUCCGAUCAUGGUACUCCAAAACACAGCGUUCAUGAGCCUGCUUGGUUUAGACCAACACCUCACUGUGUCUCUAGAGAGUCAGGAACGUGCAAGACUAGGAAUAUCACAGCCACUCUGCCUCCCCACUGUGACGAUCGAUCUCCAUCACGCGUCACUCCUGCUUAGCGCAUUUACGGAGCACGUUCACAUUUGGUACCCAAUUUUGCAUGCCGACUACACCGAAGAUUUUGUCCAUGCGGUAACUUCCGAUUUCCCGCCGUCGGUGGGGUCCGGCAUCACUCUUCUAAUUUUAGCGAUGGGAUGUGUGGUGGGGUGCGCAACCAUGAUAGACGCCGUGCAGAGACGGCCGGAGAUGACGUACAUCCAAGCGGCUAUGGCGAUGCUUCCAUCGAUCUUUGCAGACAGUACUCCGCGCAGCGCGCAGUGUCUGCUCCUGUUUGGUAUAUACCACCUUUGCUGUGCGCGACCUUAUCAGGCACACGACUACGUGGUUAUGGCAUCUAAAAGAUUACAGAACUAUUUGAUUAAUGAGUACGGCGCUGCUGAUGAUACUACAGAUGUAUCAAUUUUCCAGAACUGCUUCUGGUCCGCCCUGAUGAUUGAAAGUGAAAUUCGGGUUCAACUAGACCUCGUUGACAGUGGAAUCUGCAGCGUAGCUUCAUACGCGCCAGUCCUAGCAAGCUCAAUGACCUGGGUCGGGCACCAACCACGGCCUUCCGAGUCUCCUGAUUGUACGCAUGAUACAAGCCACAGUGAUAGCGACCUGGCCUACUUUGUGGCGGAGAUCGCUAUGCGCAAAAUGCUCCCGCUAUGCACCUAUUCGAUCAGCACUCCGUCCCCGGGUAUCCACAUCUACGCGCCUAUUGUCGCCGCUGAGCUGGAGCGACAAUUAGAUGAGUGGCUGCAGAUGCUCCCCGAGCCGCUGUCAUUCCGCUCCUCCUGUUCAUGCAUCGGCAGCUCAUGGUGGGACUCAACACGGGCCGAGUUUCUGCGAACGCAGUACUACGCAUUCAAGGCGUCGAUUUAUUGGCCUGCGGUCUAUGAAGCACUCAGUACAGGAGCGGCCAACGACAUCCUCCGUUUCCCCUGCAAAAGUUUCUUUACAAGUUAUGCUGAGUUCGCGACCAGUGCCGCCGCCGUCGUCACAGUUUGCAAACCUAAUGCCUGGACGUUGUAUGCGAGCAUGUUUACCAUUUCGAUGGCGACUCUUGCUGUGCUAGCAGAGCCGUGUCUCUCUGAAUUCACAGCUCUGGCCGGCGUUUCCGAAGGCCUAACCUUGGUUGUUGAGAUCCUGGCAGCGGUGGCGGACCCCAAGCGCUCUCGUCUCGACGCCUGGGGUAUAUCAACCAGUAAUUCGAAACGUGUCGCCCACUCCUCAACUGUCCACUGUGCCCUUAUAUCGCUCUUGAUCAUGGGAUUCCUCUUCCAUCAGCCUGAGGGCACCGCAGGCCAGGCCUGGCCUGCCAUCGUCAUCAGUGGCUUCGUUGCAUUCGGGGGGAUUCUCUUCGGCUAUGAUACCGGGACCAUCAGUGGCAUCCUCGCCAUGCCAUACUGGGCUCGCACGUUCUCAACAGGCUUCCGAGACAGCACCGGCCAGCUCAGCGUGACGUCCAGCCAGUCCUCGGCCAUUGUCUCCAUUCUCUCGGCGGGCACCUUCUUCGGAGCCCUUGGUGCCGCUCCCAUGGGUGACCUGAUCGGUCGCCGCAUGGGGUUGGUCGCGUCCAACGCUGUAUUUGUCUUGGGGGUGAUCCUGCAGACCAUCGCCACUGACAUUCCGCCCUUUCUCGCCGGCCGGUUCUUUGCCGGCCUCGGGGUGGGCUUGAUCUCGGCGCUGGUUCCUCUGUACCAGUCCGAGACCGCGCCCAAAUGGAUCCGAGGCUUCAUCGUGGGCUCGUACCAGUUCGCCAUCACAAUCGGCCUCCUCCUCGCAUCGGUCGUCAACAACGCAACCCACCACAUUGACAACACCAGCUCCUACCGCAUCCCCAUCGCCGUCCAGUUCGCCUGGUCCAUCGUCCUAGUCGUGGGCAUGGUCAUCCUCCCCGAAACCCCCCGCUACCUUGUCAAGCGGGACAACCUCAAAGCCGCAGCGCGCAGCCUCUCGCGACUCCGUCGCCUCCCCGAAGACCACGAAGCCGUCCGGCAGGAGCUCGCCGAGAUCCAGGCAAACCACCAGUACGAGAUUAGCCUGGGCAACUCCGGGUACAUUGAUUGCUUCCGCGGCAAUUUGCGGAAGCGCCUCGCUACGGGGUGCCUCCUGCAGGGCCUUCAGCAGCUCACCGGGAUCAAUUUCAUCAUUUACUACGGGACGCAGUUCUUCAAAAACUCCGGCGUGCAGAAUGAGUUCAUCAUCACGUUGAUCAUCAACUGUGUCAAUGUGGGCUCGACAAUCCCGGGCCUCUACGCAAUUGACAAAUGGGGGCGGCGCCCUGUGCUGCUCCUCGGCGCCGUCGGGAUGGCGGUCUCGCAGUUGAUUGUUGCGGUUCUGGGGACUACCACCGUGGGUCAGGACAGUCGGGGUACCAUCAUCGUGCACGAUGCUGCGGCUCAGAAGGCCGCCAUUGCGUUCAUCUGCAUUUUUAUCUUCUUUUUCGCGGCCUCGUGGGGCCCGGUCGCCUGGGUCGUCACCGGCGAGAUCUUCCCCCUCAGGACUCGCGCAAAGUCCCUCUCCAUGACCACUGCUACAAAUUGGCUGCUGAACUGGGCGCUGGGCUUCGCAACCCCGUACCUAGUCAACUACGGCGACGGCAACGCGAACCUGCAGUCCAAGAUCUUCUUCAUCUGGUUUGGGUGUUGCUUUCUCUGCAUUGGCUUUGUGUACUUCAUGAUCUAUGAGACGAAGGGGCUGACCCUGGAAGAGGUCGAUGAGCUGUAUAACGAGGUGUCGAGUGCGCAUGCCAGUGUGGGUUGGAAGCCGAGCAUUACCUUUGUUGAGAUGAGGGGGAAAGCUGAGGAUCAGGAGUCCAAGGAGGGUACUAGGGAGCAUCAUGAGUGUUGA